AUGUUCGGUUGCGUUGUUGCUGGACGAUUGUUACAAACGAAUCUACAACAAGUCGAUGAGACGCAUGCGUAUUUCGAACUAUCCGGGGCUAGUACCAUAAAUCAUAUUUCCGUCUUCUUGCUGGGAACAGUUCCGUUUCCUGAAGGCUAUGGUGCGUCAGUCCACUUCUAUUGGCCCGGGAAAGGAUUCCAAUUACUGGGAAUGCUUUCGAACGAGAAACCAUCAGCGAUAUUCCGUCUCAGGGGUAAUUUCACAUCGAGCGCGACCAACACAGCCAAUCCCAAUGCCUUCACGCCCGCCCCCGCUGAGAACUCGACAUCUGAUGUAGUCGCCAUCCUCGGCCUCGCCAUCGAGCCUCUUGAUCAGAUCCAAGUCCAAGUCUCCGGACUUCCGACAGCAAUUGUGAAGUCAACUAUCGCCCAAGACGUAACCCGCGAUGCUACUUUGAUGGCCGAGAGAGUGGUGAAGCAUCUGUUCAAUUAUCUGUCGAGCUUCGUCGGUUCGGUACCAGGAGGGUUUGCGCCAGAUGUCGUGGUGCCGGUGGGGAUGAUCGCGAAGUGGUAUGAUAGCUUCCUGAGCAAAGUCAAGACUGGUGGGAUUGGUUUCUUGGAGCGAGACGAGUCAUGA